GUGAAGAAAAGAUUUUGUGUAAAGAAAAUACAAAUGUUUCGUUGUUGGAAGUUUGAUGCAAAUAGUGAAUAAUGGCAUCUACUUUUUGAUGUUUGUGCUCCUUUUUUUGAUUUUGUGAUGAUAGCAAUGGCAUAAAGUGGGUGGAAGUUGACAUGAGGAUGGGUGGCCAUGUUGUAGUUGACACAUGAAAGGAACAGAAGAGGUAAACACAGGGAAAUCAAUUUUCAAUGGUGGAUGUUGUUUCCCUCAGAUCCAAGGAACCCCUUUUCUCAUUUGUACUAUUUGUUCUUGUUUUCUUUUUUAAUUUAAUUAAUGACCCGUAUUCCCUUGUCUCCUUGUUUGCCAGAGAGAGACAAGGCACUGACUUUGACAAUUAUUUGGAUUUGGGAUUUCUUGAAUCAUCUAUUGCCUCAUGUUCCAGGGAUUAAUCAAAGAUUGGUGAGAGGCGUAGAGAAAUUCAAGAUUUUAGAACACCUGUGUCCUGUUCCUGUUAACUGUUGUGGUUAAAUAGAAUCCAAAACAAAAGGGUCUAGAGGGCUAUUGUAGCAUCUAGCUUCACUGUUUCAAUAUAACCUUUGAUUUUGAAUUUUUGGUCUUGUUACACUGUAGAGAAGAUUGGUUCUAAGAUCUUUUAAUUUCUUGCCGUAGGAGUCUUGUUGUGUAUAUGCCAAUUGAACUUGUCAUAGAGAAGCGAGUUAAUGAGGUUACCAUUUAUAGGAUUGUAGAGGAUAAGGCUAUUUGCUACAAGGCAGAGUAAAUCAUAUGGAGGAAAUAACUUCGACGGUUGCAGUGCCAUACACCCUUGGGAAUUUAAAACAGAAAGAGUCAGGAGUGACCACCCACAUGGAGAUAACUGGUCUAAAGCUCAGGGCCAAUACAGCAUCAGCUUUGAAAUUCAACCCUGCAAUUGAGGGUUCUCAGUCCAACUCUGUUGGAAGUGAAAACUACUCAGAUAUUGGUCCACAACCCCAAAUUAAAGUGUCUUCAGAAGGCAAAGGUGAUCAGGUUGGAGGCCACGUUGUGUCAAAAAUGGUUAGUCAAGGAGACAGUAAUUGUUUCCAUUCUGAAAGUCAAAACAAGGCAAGAAAUGAAAAUGAAUCAUUGUUAGCUAAGGAUUCUCAGUGUGUGGAUAUCUUUCAAUCUUCUGCUGGUGACAAAAACAGUCCUUGUAGGGAGGAAUCUUCUGUUUUGAAUACUAAUUGUUGUGAAGAUAAUAUAAGUCAUGGAAAGUCCAGUUUGAUCGCGCUAGUGCCGGUACAGAACAUGGUUCCUGCUGCUAUGGAACAUGAGAAUGAAGAUGGAAGUGGAUCAGAUGAGUCUGAUAAAAAACCAUUUGUUGUGCCUUGUGAGAUGCCAGAAAAGCAAACAUGCUUGGAAUUGAGUGGUACUACUAGUACUACCCCACUUUGGGGCUGCUCAUCAGUUUGUGGAAGGAGAGAAGAGAUGGAAGAUGCUAUUGCAGUUAGGCCUCACCUUUUUCAAGUCAGCUCAAGGAUGGUAAUGGAUGAUAAUGUGAAUGAGAACAUAAAAUACUCACCAGCCCACUUUUUUGGUGUCUAUGAUGGACAUGGGGGUUGUCAGGUUGCCAAUUACUGCCGGGAGCAUCUUCAUUCAGUGUUGGUUGAUGAGGUAGAAGCUGCACAAUCAAGUUUCUAUGGAGAGAAUGGGAGGGACAACUGGGAGGACCAAUGGAAGAAAACAUUCUCCAAUUGUUUUCAAAAAGUUGAUGAUGAGGUUGGAGGAGUUGAAGGUGAUGGUGCAAGUGUUGAAUCUCUUGCUUCUGAGACUGUUGGCUCCACUGCUGUGGUUGCCAUUUUAACUCAAACACACAUAAUAGUUGCAAACUGUGGAGAUUCAAGAGCUGUCUUAGGCCGUGGUAAAGAAGCAUUUCCAUUGUCUGUUGACCACAAACCAAAUAGAGAUGAUGAAUGGGAAAGGAUUGAAGCUGCAGGAGGAAGGGUCAUACAAUGGAAUGGGUACCGAGUUCUAGGUGUUUUAGCUGUGUCAAGGUCCAUAGGUGAUAGGUACUUGAAACCAUGGAUAAUUCCAGACCCAGAAGUGAAGUGUGUCCAACGAGACAAAAAUGACGAGUGCCUCAUUCUAGCCAGUGAUGGCUUAUGGGAUGUCAUGACAAAUGAAGAAGCCUGUGACAUUGCACGAAAGCGAAUCCUUCUUUGGCAUAAGAAAAAUGGCAAUAACAACAUAUCAUCAGAACAAGCCCAAGAAGUUGAUCCUGCAGCUCAGUAUGCUGCAGAGUAUUUAUCAAGACUUGCCCUCCAAAGGGGAACCAAAGAUAACAUCUCUGUCAUUGUUAUAGACUUGAAGCCCCAAAGAAAAUUCAAGAAAAAAGAAUAAUAUAGAUGCCAUCAUCUGGAAUACUUGUUAGAUAUAUUCUAUUGUUUUAUAAGUAUUUUUCAGUCCAUAUCAUAUUUAUUUAUUAUAUUAGCCCUUCAGUUUUUCAAGAGGGCUAUGUUAUGUAUACCAAAAUUUGUUGCACACAGGGAUGCCUUAGUAAGAUGAGGCAUCACUGUGACAGCUGCCUCCAUCAAAAAGUUAUACUGUUAUUUUUUUUAAUGAAUAAUGAUGUAAAAUUUUAAGUUA